AUGGUAAUUUCCGCAGCUCUUGUAUGUUUUAUACUCACAAUUAUGUUCUUCGUCUAUGAAUCUUUGGCGGAAAGUGAUCCAAAGACAACUUCACCAUUCGACAGUUUUCCAAUGGUAUCUCAACCUAAGGAAAUGCUACCAACCAAAACUCGGCCAAUGAAACGGUACAGAAAGCAUGUCAGAUCGCAGAGGUUACAGAUAGCGCAAUCGUGUUUCAGUAGCAGCGAUUCUGUUGAUGAACCUCCUGAACCUCCACCAAGACGGCGUCCUCCAAGAAGAAGGCGUAAAAGAAAAGGUCCAAAAAAUAGGCCCACUGGAAAUAAUAUUAAUAGGCGCGACUAG